AUUGGGGGAUUUUUCAGAUUCACCUUAUAUAAAGAAAUUUGAGAAAUUUCUACCAUUCUAGAAAAUACGCGGUUUGUUGUGGUCCCUAUUAUAUUAUUCGUUUUUUAGGUGCAGAAAUAACUGAGUAACCUGAAUAGUUGUAAACCAUGGGAAAAAAGAAAGGAAAAAAACCACAAGAUGGAGAUGGGCAGGGACAAGGGUCAGGCGAAGGUUCCUCCCAACAGCCGCCCAAAGGGCCUCAACAAGGGCAGCAGAGGGAUGGAGCUAGAGCCGCUCAACAGCAGCAGCAGCAGCAACGAGGGCCUCCACCCCAAGGAAGAGGUCGAGGAGGUCAAACUCCUCAGCAAGGCCCCCCUUCCGAUUGGAGAGGUCAGGGUAGGGAAGCUGCUCAACAACAACAACAAGGGCCUCCACCCCAGGGAAGAGGCCAAGGAGGCGAUCGAGCUUCUCAGCAACAACAAGGUCCUCCACCUGGAUGGGGAGGUCAUGGUGGACCAGCUCCUCAACAACAGCCAAGAGGUCCUCCUCGACAACAACAAUGGGGACCACCUCAACAGCAACAGGGAGGCCCUCCUCCACAACAGCAACAACAAGGUCCUCCACCUGGAUGGGGAGGUCAUGGUGGACCAGCUCCUCAACAACAGCCAAGAGGUCCUCCUCGACAACAACAAUGGGGACCACCUCAACAGGGAGGCCCUCCUCCACAACAGCAACAACAAGGUCCUCCACCUGGAUGGGGAGGUCAUGGUGGACCAACUCCUAAACAACAGCCAAGAGGUCCUCCUCGACAACAACAAUGGGGACCACCUCAACAGCAACAGGGAGGCCCUCCUCCACAACAGCAACAACAAGGUCCUCCACCUGGAUGGGGAGGUCAUGGUAAACCAGCUCCUCAACAACAGCCAAGAGGUCCUCCUUUACAACAGCAACAGGGAGGGCCUCCUCCACAACAGCAACAGAGAGGUCCUUCACAACAGCAACAAGGAGGGCCACCGCCACAACAGCAAAAAGGUCCUUCUCAACAGGUGCCAAGAGGUAAACCUCAGCCACCGCAGCCAUCUGUGAGUGGAAAGUCCAGUGCUGCAGGCGAUUUGCCCGCUAAAGUAUCAGGAAUGGAAAUAUCCGAAAAGGAAACUAUGAACAUACCGGACGUGUUUAAACCCCCCGGAACCCGGUGCAAAAAAAUAAUACCGGUAGAGAGCAAUCAUUUCGCUCUAAGUCUGGGUCAGCUAAAAGAAGCUACUCACUAUGACGUAGAAAUAUUGGAAAAUUUGUCGGAGAAACAAAAACAAAAAGCCCAAUCAACUACGUCGCCAGCAAAAGAAGGCAGAACAAGAAAGAUCAAGGAUAAGGUACAGUUCGCCGUGAUGCAUUCGUUUUUAAACAAACACUUCAGAGGUCGUUUUCCCUCUUUCGACGGUCAGAAAAACCUGUACGCUUCCAAGCCUCUGCAUCAGGACUUGAAUCAGGUUUUCUUCGACGAUAAUAUUGAGGUGAUCGACGACAUGGGCAAGAUGAAGUCCUUUAAUAUCACCAUUAAAUUUGCGAGAACUUUAAGUUUGGUACCUAGAAUUGCCGAUCCGUCAAAUCGCGUUCCAUUAUUGGCCCAAGACGCCAUACAAUGCAUAGACAUCGUUUUAAGGAACGCCCCGAUUUCCACGUACUCUCAAGUUGGUCGUUCGUUUUUCAAGAAACCUACUGAUACUAUUAUAGAGCUUGGCGGUGGUAUGGAAAUGUAUUACGGAUUUUACCAGUCGGUGGUGAUGGGAGGUAGACCGAUGCUAAACGUGCAUCUCGCCCACAAGGCCUUCCCGAAGAACAUGCCCGUCCUGGAGGCCUUCCUCGAAAUACUAAGAUCGAAGGAGAGGAGACGCGACGUCCAAUACACCCUUAGUAAUCUCGAAAACCUCACGCCGUAUCAACGGGAGGACUUGACCAGUUACAUUAAGAGCCUUAAAGUUACCUACGAGGUACCGAGACAAGCCAAAGUUACUUAUAGGGUCAACGGUCUCGCUCGAACGCCGAUGGAAGAGAAACUGGAAGACGGAAGAACGAUUUUCGAGUAUUUUAGAACCGAAAAAAACUACACGAUCAAAUACCCGAGAAUACCGUUAAUCUGGGUGGGCAGCCUGCAGGGUAAAGUGAAAAUACCGCCCGAGUUAUGCAUUAUCGAGAAAGAUCAAUCGCUCAGACGUAAAAUGGACGAAAUACAGACCUCGAACAUGAUCAAGGUGGCCGCGACCGACACGAAAACCCACAAAAUGAACACGAUGAAGCGAUUUAAAGAUGCCAACUACAAUCUUAGUCCGCACGUGAAAGAGUUCGGGUUUUCCGUGAACGACAAGUUCGAGAGGAUGAACGCCAGAGUUUUAGAGCCGCCCAUAAUGCAAUAUCAGGGUAAUAAUAGCACUGCUCGCGUAGACCGAGGAACCUGGCGUAACAACCAUUUCUAUGUAGCGAAAACCGUUGAACGUUGGGCCAUAGUCAGUUUGGAUUCGUACUGCAGACAGGGAGACUUGGAGGCGGUUAAAUUUGCCUUAACUGGUGCGUCGAGACAGUGCGGAAUACAAUUCAAGAGUAAUCCGGAUUAUCCGCAAGUGAGAAUGAGAAACGCGCGGAACGGUCCGAGUCAGGGAGAACUCGAGCAAUUCUUUAGCGACCAAACAAAGUGCGGGUACGAUAUUAUUUUUGUCAUUUUGCCCCAAACGAGAGGAGACGCGAUCUAUUCGAGUGUCAAAAACGCUUCCGAGGUAAAAGCUGGUUGUUUGACCCAAUGCAUCAAGAGUGCCACAUUGAGGAAAUUAAAUCCGAUGACUGCAGCAAAUAUCUUAUUAAAAGUAAAUGGGAAAUUGGACGGGAUCAAUCAUACGUUUCUCAGAAAACCGUCCGUAAUAAGCGACUCGCGUCCCUUUAUGUUGCUCGGUGCGGAUGUUACGCAUCCCGGACCUCUUGCAGGUGAUAUACCGAGCGUUGCUGCGAUCAUCGCAUCCCACGAUCCGACCGGGUUUCAAUACAACGUCACCAUCAGGCUACAAGAGCCAAAAAUGGAAUAUAUCGUGGAUUUAAAAAACGUCGUUAAAGAGCAACUAUUGUUCUUUCACAAGAAAAAUAUGGGUGCCAAGCCCGAGAAGAUCUUCUACUUUAGGGACGGCGUGUCCGAGGGACAAUUCUCUCACGUACUUUGUAUGGAAUUAAAGGCCAUCCAACAAGCUUGUUAUGAGUUGCAAAAGGACGGUUAUAAUCCGAAAAUCGCUUUUCUGGUAGUGCAAAAGCGUCAUCAUACGAGAUUGUUUCCGGUUAACGAUCGAGAUUCGGAGGACCAGGGACGACCGGAUAGACCCGGCAAUUUUAACGUUCCUGCCGGCACUUGCGUCGAUACCCACAUUGUAGACCCGAACAGACAGAAUUUCUAUUUGGUUUCGCAUGCGAGCAUUAAAGGUGUAUCCAGGCCUACGAAAUAUUGCACCUUAUAUGACGAUAUGGAUCUAACUAACGACCAAAUACAGGAGUUCACUUACUACUUGUGCCACAUGUUCGCGCGAUGCAACAGAUCGGUCAGUUAUCCGGCUCCGACGUAUUACGCCCACCUGGGCGCACUCAGGGGCAAAGCGUACAUCAAACCGGCACUCGACCAGCACCAGUUCCGAAUGGAUAACUUGCAAGCGGAACAGGGCAAAAUCAAAACUUUGCCCUCCAUACAUUUUAAUACCCCGAUGUUCUUUAUUUAAAUAGAUAACCGUCGUUGAUCGGUGUCUUAUUAUAUUGUGUUUUAUAAAUUAACUUAAGUAGAACUUAUUAUAUAGAGGGAUUAAGGUAUUUGCUGUUUUAAAGUGCCAAUUCUAUGAUAGUUUUGGCGACUAGUGAAUUAACCUGUUUUUUAUAAUUACCUAUUUUUUUUUUUAAUUUCACCUUUUUAUUUUUAACUCAUCGCAUUUUUCUUAUGUGCUUUUUUUUUCAUCUGAAUAUAAAUAAAGCUAUGAUACAUAAAUAAA